AUGACCGAAGAAACAGUUGCAGAUACUGUGCCCCAGGUCGCCUUUAAGAAGCGCUCCAAGGGCAAAGCCAACUUCCGCAAGAAGCCCGCAACGCCACCUCCAGCUUCUGACUCCGACUUCACCUCGUCCGAUGAUGAUGAGGGCAAGCGGAUUAAGAGGCGGCGCAAGAAUGCAGCUGUGACAGCAUCAUCUACAACAAAUAUGACGAGGAAGCCUGAUGACGAGCCUACCACCGCUGCUCCCCUCCCAUUGACCUCGAGCAACGACGCAACCAAGCAUUCUGACUGGUACGACGAAGACCUCAAUGCGAAGAACCUACUCGGCACUACUAGAGUACGACCGGGACAAGCCUCUGCGGGUGCCUCGACCUCAGAGCCUGACGGCACCUACAAAGGCGCAGCCAACUACCAAAACUUCAUCCAAAAAAUCCAGACGCACCGACAAACGCCAACCAAUGUCCGGACAAUCACCGUCACCGACUUUGCCCCCGAUGUGUGUAAGGAUUGGAAACAGACUGGAUUCUGUGGCUACGGAGAUUCUUGCAAGUACCUCCACAUGCGUGAGGAUUACAAGGCAGGAUGGGAGCUGGAUCGCGACUGGGAGGUCAACACCAAGGGCAAGAAGCUAGACGGACGAGUGGUAUCGCAACGAAACGGUGCAGGGAAAGCAGCCGAGGAUGAUGAGGAGGACGAGGAUGAGAUGUUGGAGAACAUUCCAUUUGCCUGCAUCAUCUGCCGAAAGCCCUAUAAAGAGCCUAUCAUCACUAAGUGUGGCCACUAUUUCUGUGAAUCGUGUGCUCUGCAGCGAUACAGGAAGAACCCCACGUGUGCAGCCUGCGGUGCGGGGACCGGCGGUGUCUUCAACGUUGCAAAGAAGCUCAGCACCUUGCUGGAAAAGAAGCGAGAACGUGCGCGCAAAUUACGCGAAGAGGCGCUUGCGAAUGGAGAGGAAGUUAGCGACGAAGAAGAGGGGGAGGACGAUAGUGAAUAG